UUUGACGUGUGCGGUCUUUCACAAAUCAAGCACUCGUGUUUGAACAAAAAUUUUCUAUCCAAACACGGUCUAGUUUGGAAAGAAAUGCUUUCUCUAGGUACAAUGGCAAAUAAUAAUGGUGCAUCUUAUGGAAAUGAUCGAAAUUCUAGUUCUGCCGAACUGGAAUAUGGCCAAGAUCCAACAGUAACUGGAAGUUUUUUUAGUUCAGAUUAUAAAAAGCAUGAUGAUCUCAAAGAAAUGUUGGACUCAAAUAAGGAUAGUUUAAAAUUGGAAGCUAUGAAACGAAUUAUUGGGAUGAUUGCAAAAGGUCGAGAUGCAUCCGAAUUAUUUCCAGCUGUUGUGAAAAAUGUGGUAUCGAAAAAUAUUGAAGUUAAGAAAUUAGUUUACGUGUAUUUAGUGCGUUAUGCCGAGGAGCAACAAGAUUUAGCACUUUUAUGUAUCUCAACAUUCCAGCGAGCUUUAAAGGAUCCAAAUCAAUUGAUUCGUGCGGGAGCUUUACGUGUGUUAUCCAGUAUUCGUGUUUCAAUGAUUGUACCAAUUGUGAUGUUAGCGAUUCGUGAUGCUUCUGUAGAUAUGUCCCCGUACGUGCGGAAAACUGCAGCUCAUGCUAUUCCCAAAUUAUACAGUUUGGAUCCUGAACAAAAAAUUGAAUUAGUCGAUGUAAUCGAACGAUUAUUAGGUGAUCGAACAACUUUAGUGGUUGGAUCUGCUGUAAUGGCUUUCGAAGAAGUUUGCCCGGAUCGUAUUGAUCUGAUCCAUCGAAAUUAUCGUAAAUUAUGUUCAUUGUUAGUUGAUGUGGACGAAUGGGGUCAAGUGGUCAUUAUAAACAUGCUAACGCGAUAUGCCCGCACUCAAUUUGUGGAUCCAAACUUGCAUGAUAAAAUGGAAGAUGCCAAAUCAUUUUACGAUACAAGUGAUGAUGACGACUCAUCAGAUAAUGAAGAUUCAACCGGUGCGGGAGGGGCUGGUGAUGGAAGCACUACUACUGGUAAACAAACCAAUGUGAUAACAAUGGAUUCCGAUCAUCGUUUGCUGUUACGUACAACACGUCCAUUACUCCAGAGUCGUAACGCUUCGGUGGUGAUGGCCGUUGUGCAGUUGUACCAUCAUUGUGCCCCACGACAAGAAGUUUCCGUUGCAAUUAAAGCGUUGAUACGUUUAUUACGCUCCUAUCCAGAAGUACAAUCAAUUGUUUUGAAUGCUAUCGUUUCGAUAAGCGUACAACGAAAGGGAAUGUUUGAACCAUAUUUAAAAAGCUUCUUCGUCCGAACCAGUGAUUUAACGCAUAUUAAACUUUUAAAAUUGGAAAUACUAACAAAUUUGGCGACGGAGGGUAACGUGUCCAUGAUUUUAUGUGAACUCCAAACAUACAUUUCAAGUAGUGAUAAAAAAUUUGUGGCUGCGGCAAUUCAAGCGAUUGGUCGUUGUGCUUGUAACAUUCAAGAGAUCACCGAUACCUGUUUAAAUGGUUUGGUUUCACUCUUGUCCAGCAAAGAUGAAGCAAUUGUAGCAGAGAGUGUGGUCGUUAUAAAACGUUUAUUACAAUCACAAGCGGCAGAACCAGGUGAUAUUAUCACGCACAUGGCACGAUUAUUGGAUUCGAUUACAAUACCACAAGCGAGAGCGGCUAUUUUAUGGUUGUUGGGAGAAAAUUCAUCAAAUGUGAAAAAAAUUGCACCGGAUGUGUUACGAAAACUGGCAAAAAGUUUUGUGGAUGAGCAUGACAUUGUCAAAUUACAAGUAUUAAAUUUAGCCGUAAAAUUAUGGCUUACAAAUCGUGAACAAACUGCAUUACUAUGUCAGUAUGUGUUUAGUUUAGCACGAUACGACCAAAGUUAUGAUAUUCGUGAUCGAGCACGAUUUUUACGACAUUUCACUGUGCUGGCCGAAGGGAAAAUACUGCCCACACAUGCACCAGAAAUAUUUUUACAAACAAAAGCAGCACCUCAAUUGAAUUCUACAUUUAAAGAUCGGGAACAAUUUCAAUUGGGCUCUUUAUCACAUUAUAUAAAUGCACCAGCUGCUGGAUAUCGUGAAUUGCCACCAUUUGCGACGACACCUACGUCUAGUGCACUACGAGAAGUUGAUACAUCAUCCACGGAAAAUACUUCAACGCAUACAAAACAAAAAAAAAUAUUUUAUUCUGACACUGAAGAAGCAAGUUCGGCAGCCGAAUAUAAUAGCAGCAAAGAUUCGGACAGUGACGAGGAAGAAGAUGAAGAGGGAAGUAAUUCUGGAGAGAGUGAUAGUGAUGACAGUGAAAACAAAGGAUCAAAUAGCGGCGAAGAAAAGUCUGGAUCGAAUUCAUCGGAAGAAGGCAGUUCAGAUGAAUCAGAUAACGACAGUGAAUCAGACAGCGAUGCAACAUCAAGCGAAGAAAAAUAUUCAGCUCCAUCCACAGACGAAGAACCCAACAACACAACCAUUCCACCAGCAUCCAAAAAAACGACCCGAAAAAAAUCCAAAAGUCCAGAACCGAAAAACAAUUUAGAUUUAUUACUUGAUCUCGAUUUUAAUUCAGAAGUAGCUCCCGUAAUGACGCCGUCGAUUGGUGGAUUUCUAUCACCGAUACAAUCAACCAUUAUGCCGAAUAAAACAGCGACGGCUGACGUACAAAAUAUUAUACAAACAGUAGCGCCCAAAUGUGUGCCACAAACCACGCAUGAAUUAUUAAAUCGUAUCAAAGGGAAUGGAUUGAGUGUAACGUAUCGAUUUACAAGAUCACCACAUUUAUUUUCACCACAAAUGGCUUCGGUUGAAUUGAUCUUUACGAAUGGAUCAAAUCAGGAAAUUACUGAUAUUCAUGUGGGUCAAAAGCAUCUGCCAGUUGGAACAUUUAUUCAUGAUUUUGCAACAAUUGGAGUUUUACAUCCCGAUAGCAGUUUGCCAGGAACGUUAGGAGUUAAUUUUAAUGAUUCCACACAACCGAUUAGUUUUGAAAUUGUUUCUUCCGCAGGUAGCUCCUUAGUAAAUUUACGAUGUCCCGUUGGUGAACUAAUUCAAGCGGUAACGAUGUCCGAAAGUAAUUUUGCAAUUGAAUUAAAUCGUUUACGUGGAAUGUACGAACAUACAGCCAAGAUUCAUUUAACUCCAACAAAUGAGUUUAAUUUGGAUGAGCUCAUUUAUAAAGCUGCCAAUGUCUCAGCAAUCGAGAGCACCGAUCAAAUUUUAAGAUACACAGGAAGGACAUUAUCGUCUGCGUCGUUGCUCCUGUUGAAUAUAAGUAAAACACAGGAUCAAAUGAAUUUAACGGUGAAUUGUGAGAAGAUCAUGAUUGCUUCCAUGUUGUUGGACGAAAUCGUUACCAAUAUUAAACAGUACAAGAAAUAAGUAUCCAUUCCAUUUAGACCACCACCGCCCGUGUGAGAUCUGGGUGUUCGAAUUUUCUCG